GCACGCAGCAGCAGCUGAGCAGCAGACUGAGACUACGUACUAGUCGGUCGAUCGAGCAAGUGAGGAAGUGAAGUGAUCAGCUGAUCAGAAUAAGCUCGAUCGAAUCGUCAAUGGCGGACGGUGGCGUGGCGAGGCUGGCGUCGCAGCGCGCGGUGGUGAUCUUCGGCACGAGCAACUGCUGCAUGUGCCACGCGGUGAAGACGCUCUUCUCGGGCCUGGGCGUGAGCUGGGCGGCGUGCGAGCUGGACAAGGAGCCCAAGGGGAAGGACAUCGAGAAGUCGCUGGCGCGCAUGGUGGGCCGCAGCCCGCCCGUGCCGGCGGUGUUCAUCGGCGGCAAGCUCGUCGGCACCACCGACCAGGUCAUGGCGCUGCACCUCGGGGGGAAGCUCGUGCCGCUCCUGCGCGAGGCCGGCGCCCUGUGGCUGUGACCUGUGAGCUAACCGAUGAUCAACUAGCUAGCUAGCUUUCCAUGACUAUAAUGCUUAAUGCGUGUGUGAAGCUUCUUCGACGUGGUCGCGAGUACUACUUCUAACUGCGUGAGGUUGUUAUAGUUACGUGCUGCCGCCAGGAGCAACGGCUUCCUCCUGUGAUUACACAAGGAAUGCCCUGCAAGUUGUAACCGGUCGCGAUGAGUACACUGUAAAAGAUAAGCAUACUAUAAUUAAGUUUAUGACACCUUCUCUACUCGA